AUGCCCCGUCCACUGCAGUUCGUCUGUCCACAUGCCAACUGCCAAAAGGCUUUCGCAUUCAAGUACAAGUUGAAGGAUCAUCUUCUCCUUCACAACUCCAAUGCCCCCCAGGUGAGCUUCUCUCGCUCCUUCUCUCCUUCCAAAUCCCAUUCCUCCCUCUUCCCCCCCCUCUCCCCCCUUCCUCUCCCCCCUCUGUCCCCUUCCUCUUCCCCCUCUCCCCCCUUCCUCUCCCCCCUCUGUCCCCUUCCUCUCCCCCCUCUCCCCCCUUCCUCUCCCCCCUCUGUCCCCUUCCUCUCCCCCCUCUCCCCCCUUCCCCUGCCCCCUUCUCCGUUUCCACAAGUUGACAACCCCAGCAUCUUCCCCAAUGCCCCCCAACACCCAUGCCCUCAUCCCCUCUGCUCUCGGACCUUCAAGCGUCGAGACCACAUGUUGCAUCAUGCAAGGAAGCAGCAUUGCGGAGAGGGGGGAAGAGGGGAGAAGCUGCAGCGUGCAAGGAAGCAGCGUUGUCAGGAGGGGGGGAAUGGGGGGAAUGGGGGCAUGGCACGGCUUGUAGGUACGCAGUUGACUUUUGAGUCGACUCAAAAGGCUUUUCGGCAGGAAGGGGGGCGUGAAGGUGCUUUUGAGUCGACUCAAAAGUCAACUGGGGACAUGGCGCGUCUUGUAGGUACGCAGCAUGGCACGGAAAGGAGUGGAGGGAGGGUAAUUGGUGUGUCUGGUGGGGUGGUGGGGAGCGGGGGUUGGGUAAAGAGUGUGCAUGAGGGGAAGAAGGGGAAAAGGGCGGAUGGGGGAGAGGUGGGGAGGCAUGGAGGCGAGAAGGAGGGUGAUUUUUUCAGUAAGGGAGAGGGAAGGAGGGAGGAGGAGGAGAAGGGCAAAGAGGCGAGGGGGGAGGAGAGGGAAGGAGAGGGAAGGAAGGGGGAGGAGAGGGAAGAAGAGGGGAGGAGGGGGGAGGAGAGGGAAGAAGAGGGGAGGAGGGGGGAGGAGAGGGAAAAAGAGGGGAGAAGGGGGGAGGAGAGGAAGGAGGAGGCGAGGAGGGAGGAAGAGGCGAGGAGGGAGGAAGAGAGGGAAGAGGGAACGAGGGGGGAUGAGAGGGGCGAACAGGGAAAGAGGGAGGAGGAGAGGAACGAGGAGGCUUUUCGGCAGGAAGGGGGGCGUGAAGGUGAGGAGCGAACGAGUGCAGUGAGGGGCAAAGAGGGAAGGAGCGGGGAGGAGAGGGACGAAGAGGGAAUGGGAGGGAAGGAGAGAGAUGAAGGAGGAAGGGGAGGGGAGGAGAGGGAUGAAGGAGGAAGGGGAGGGGAGGAAAGAGAUGAAGGAGGAAGGGGAGGGGAGGAAAGAGAUGAAGGAGGAAGGGGAGGGGAGGAAAGAGAUGAAGGAGGAAGGGGAGGGGAGGAGAGGGACGAAGAGGAGGAUCCCCUACCCUUUCUUCAAAGGUGUGGCCAUGUGGAGAGCAGCGUGGGAAGGGCAGUGACACAGCUUCAAGAAGGUUUUGGCACGGCUGGGGGAGGGACGGGGGAGGAGGGAGCAGAUGCUAUGAGGGAUGAAGAGGAAAGGAGAGGGGACGAGAGGAAUGAAGAGCAGGAAUUAGUACCUCAUCGGCUCCCUUCUAAGGGGGAGGGAAAUGAUUGUGGAGGGCGGUGGGGAGAGGAAGGGGCACCCCAAUUCCAAUUCCUUCCUCCCAGGGGGGAGGUCCGCAUGGGGGAGGCAGUGAUGCUGCCGUCUCAAGGGGAGGGAAGCGCGGCUGGAGGAGGAAGAGCGGAGGGGGGGGCUGGGGCGGAGAGUGGAGAGGAGAGGUGGCAGCCUGGGGGGAGAGCGGGGAGGAGUGCGCGUGGAGGAUGGAAGGGGGAGGGGGGAGCUUCUGGGGAUGGUGGGGGAGGGCAUAAGUAUGAGGUGAAGGAAGAGGAGGAGGAUGGGUGUGACGUGGAUGGUCGAGGUGAAGUGGGGAAGGGGAAGGAAGUGAGGGAAAAUGGGGCUGGGUUUGAGUCGGUUCAAAGCAUUCGAGAGCGGUGGAGGAGCAACGAGCGUGCAGAGCGUGCAGCAACGAGUGAGGCCCAUAGAAGAGGGUUGCUGCGAAGGGAAGCGGUGAGGAGAAAGCAAAGGCCUGUUGGAGGAGUCGUUGAGGGGGAGAGAGGCAUUGGGAGUGAGGGAGCUGGUUACAGGAGAAAGCGAAGGCGUGUUGGAGGAGUCAUUGAGGGGGAGGGCGCUGGUUACAGGAGAGGCUACCUGAAAAAUCACCUGAGGCAGCAGAAGAGGUACCUGAGCACGAAGGUGCAUCAUUUUGUGGGGAGGAAGGGGCGGCGAUGCAAGCUGAGGAAUCACCUGAAGGCAACAGAGAAGAAGCACCUGAGGAGGAAGGAGUUUCUCCUGAAGGAGGAAGAGGUCCAUCUGAGCCAGAGGGAGGAACACCUGGACAAACAGAAAGAGCACCUGAGACAGCAGGGGGACCAUAUUAGAGAACAGAAGGAGCAGCAAGAGUUGCACCUGAGGCAACAGGAGGAGCAUCUGAAGCAACAGAACGAGCACCUGAGGCAGCAGGAGGACCAUUUGAGGGAACAAAAGGAGCAGCAAGAGUUACACCUGAGGCAGCAGGAGGAGCAACUGAAGGAACAGGACGAGCACCUGAGACAGAAAGAGGCUCAGAUAAGGGAACAGAGGGAGCAACAAGAGUUGCACCUGAGGCAGCAGGAGGAACACCUGAGGCAGCAAGAGGAGCACCUGAAUGACAGGGAAAACCACCUGAAACGAAAAAGGCAGCACCUGGAGCUUCAGGUUAGGUGCACGCGAAGACGGAGGGAUCGCCUGAAUCGUCGCUCUGUACGUUCUCGGGGUUCGGGAAAGGAGGCGGUGGUGAGUGGUGGAGAGAGAGACAUGCAGAUUCGGAGGGAUCGCCUGCGUCGUCGCUCUGUGCGUUCUCGUGGUUUGGGAAGGGGGGUUGGGGUGGGUGAUAUGGAGGGGGUGGGGUUGGCGGAGGAUGGAGGGAGGCGAGGAGUGGUGAAGGAUGAGAUAGAAGAGUGGUUGGGGUGA